UUACCUUAAUCAGGUAUUUUUUGUUUGUUUGUUUUUAUCUAGAAGGUCACUAAAUGGGGAUGGACUCUGGGGUUAAUAUUUCAAAUGAAGAUGCACCUUAUGGGGGGAAGAGUGCAUUUACCCAACUAGAGCAUAACAUUGUGGCUGGAUACCUCAUCACUGCAGGUGUCAUCAGUUUAGCGAGCAACAUUGUGGUGCUAUUGAUGUUUGUAAAAUUUAAGGAACUUCGCACACCUACCAACUUCAUAAUAAUCAACUUGGCUUUUACUGACAUUGGAGUGGCUGGUAUUGGCUAUCCCAUGUCCGCUGCUUCAGACAUCCACGGCAGCUGGAAAUUUGGCUAUGCUGGUUGUCAGAUCUAUGCAGCUCUCAACAUAUUCUUUGGCAUGGCUAGUAUUGGCCUGCUGACCGUGGUGGCCAUUGAUCGUUACCUUUCCAUCUGCAGACCAGAUAUAGGUGAGAAAAUGACGGUACGAUCAUACAAUCUUCUUAUUCUGGCAGCAUGGCUGAAUGCUGUGUUCUGGUCCUCCAUGCCAAUUGUUGGCUGGGCUGGUUAUGCCCCUGACCCCACUGGAGCUACAUGUACCAUCAACUGGAGACAGAAUGAUGCGUCUUUUAUUUCUUAUACUAUGGCAGUGAUCGCUGUGAACUUUGUGGUUCCUCUGUGUGUCAUGUUUUACUGCUACUACAGUGUGACAGUCACUGUCAGGAGAUACAAAGCAAGCAACUGCCUGGACUGCAUUGACAUGGAUUGGUCUGAUCAAAUGGAUGUCACCAAGAUGUCAAUUGUAAUGAUUGUCAUGUUCCUGGUUGCCUGGUCUCCAUACUCCAUGGUGUGUCUGUGGGCAUCGUUUAGUGACCCAAAGACUAUCCCUGCAGCAAUGGCUAUUAUUGCUCCACUCUUUGCCAAGUCCUCCACCUUUUAUAAUCCCUGUAUUUACGUCAUUGCCAACAAAAAGUUCAGAAGAGCCAUUACAGGCAUGAUUCGGUGUCAAACAAGACAGCGAGUCACCAUCAAUACCCAAGUUCCCAUGACAAUUUCCCAACAACCUCUGACCCAGUGAGAUGAUGUUGCAUUCAGCAUGAUGUCACAUUAAUAUUAAAAUAACUUGGCAUUAAAACGCUGUGUAGAAAAAUGCAAUAAUGACACCAAUGAGUGACGGUGCUUCCACUGUCAGCUCAGCAAAUAUUUUGUCUCCCUUAGUUUCACAAAAUGUAACCUACAAAGUCUUUAAAAGGGUGAGAGCCAUAGAUGAGCUGCUUAGGCUGGACCCUUAAAAGCACCUGUGUCUAAUGGGCUAAGCCAUUUUUUAAAGAUUGCAGCUUCCACUAUCAAACACCCAUGCUGAUGUUUUUCUGAUAGCUUGAUUGAAAAGCAGCUGUAGUGUUUCCUUCUUCUCCUUUAUUGGGACUGUAACAGGGCUACUGUCCCUUCUAUCAAAAGUCUUAAGAAACCUGUGAAUAAACACUUAAAAAAUAAAGAAAAAACAACGUUUGUAUUCA